UGACCAGUAGGCGGCACUCUUGCUAUGGUUUUAGCGCUGUGGGAGUGUUCCGUUGUCACAGUGUUUAGUCACAAUGUUCUUUUUCAAUACAGCUGUCAUUCACAAGCGCUAAAAGACACAAGAUCAAAGCUAAUUUAUGGCAUUGGAUAACAAGACCGGAUGUGUAUGUUGCUGAAGCGGAUUUUAUCUGACUGAUGUACACAGGUGGAGGAUCAUUUACCGCAUUGAUCAGCUGAGCCGCAGACAUCAGCAUUAGCGAUCAUCGACAGACUAUACCGCUCAGCCUCCAUAAGUUGAACGUUGCAUCUGAGAGAGAAGAGGGGAAACGCAUGAUUGGGAUGUACUGGGGCGAAAAUAGCAGUGUCAGCAGGUCUGGGUGUUUGUUUGGUGGAAUGAUCUGUAAAUAAGCUUCCUGUCUGGAUCUCUGCCUGCUUUGUUCAGUCUGCCCAGCUCCAGCAUCAUCAGAGUUUGGACGCCUCAGAUAAUCUGUUCUAGACAAAGUAUCAAGGAAACCGAGGCUCUUUGUGCACUUGUGCCCUGUCUCGCACCAUCAGGGCCCCUCUGGGCAGGCGGACACCACCACGCUGUUUGACUGAUAGUCAUGAGUGAAUUCUGGUUGUGCUUCAACUGCUGUAUUGCCGAACAGCCGCAGCCGAAGAGACGGAGACACAUUGAUAGGAGUAUGAUUGGUGAACCAACUAAUUUUGUGCAUACUGCCCAUGUGGGCUCUGGAGAUAUCUUCAGUGGUGUAAACUCUGUGAACUCAAUUCAAAACCAAAUGCAGUCAAAGGGAGGAUAUGGAGAUGAGGUCACACCUGUCAACAUGCAGAUACAGCUGGUGGAUACAAAAGCAGGAUAGUAUAUCCUUAUCAGGGGUGCUGUAAUUUGUUGUGUCUGCUCACUUGUACCUCUGCAAGAUAUUGCUAUGAGCCUGUAGUGGCGACUUUCCAACUCAUUCUUAUGCAGCAAACACAGGGACAGUUGUG